AUGGCCAGCUGUGAUUUUACUGCCGCCAUCGACCUGUGCGCGCGCGAGCUGCGCGAAAUCGGAGACGGGGUUUACUGGAAAUACAAACUCCUGGAAAUACUGAUCAAGAACUACAAGACUGUGAUAAAGUCACGCGAGACAUGAGGUCGACGUACAUGAGGAUAAAAUGCAUAUUGCUGUAACGGAAGGUCUUCAAACCCGUACUACGGAUACCCGGUUCACCACCUCAGGCUGACGUGAACUGUUCAUAGGAAUACAGGCGCAUCUUGACGUUGCUUCCUGUAUCUAUGGAGGAUAUACUCCUAUACCUAUGGUGGAAGUACUCCUAUACCUAUGGUGGAAGUACUCCUAUACCUAUGGAGGAAAUACUCCUAACUUAAGUACUUAGGUAUGUGUUUGUUCACAUGUACCACACUUAAGUUCUGGAAAGAGGGCAGUUGUACUCAUUAUUUGUGUGCAUUACUCCCUGUUCUUGGCACUGUAUUUGUAGAACAUACAGUAUACAGUUGGUAAAGAAAAUGUUUGUUUUAGUAGUAGUACUUUUGUAUUACUACAAAACUUCACAAUCUUUGUACACUAAUCAAUAAUCAGUAAUUAUGAUUAUCUGAUUAUCUGUUAGUCAAAGAUGUCUUGAAGACCUGAUUGUCUUUUUACUAAGGUUCUUAAUAAAUGACAGAGUUGCAGUAA